GGAUUGCACACUCAUCGCUCGUCACUCUACACUCACUACACACUCUUCACCACUCAUUCGUCACUCUCCCUACACCCGCAGCGUCGGAAGCACACCCAUGCAGCUCUGAGGGUCAACGCAAGCAGCUGAGCUGCCUGUCUAAAGCGCGGUGCGUCGAGCUCGCCAAGGCUUAGGUAUCACAAACAUGCUGUCACCAAAUGCACCACGCCAGCAUACUCCUCUAUCUCCCUCUCCUUCUCCCGAGCCACCUGGUGGAGCGGCUAAUGGUACAGCAGCAGGCAAUGGGCACUCAUCAGGCCAAGCUCUAUCCGCAGCGACUCAUCUAGGUCAAGCUCAGAACGAUGUCUCGAGCACAGUGUCAUCCCCCCACGAGCAAGCAAGGCAGACGCUGGAGAAUUGCGCGAAAAACGCCAUUGCAGAGCUGUACCAAUUGGCCGUAUGCACUGCUGAUGUUCAGCCUGGACAGGAGCACGUGGUCGGUGCUAGAAUAAAUCAAGUCAUCGCUUCACUCUCGUGUCUCUCCGAAGCUGGCUCCAAUCAAGAUCUCUCCAUGCUGAUCGAGCCGGAUGUGAUGAACAUGCUAGACAGGGGUCGCAAUCCCGAUCUGCACACUCGCACCUUCAUGAGCGAGCUCAUCAUUCACAAUCAAAUCGUAGCUUCCACGACUAUGGCUCUUGAUUCCUACUACGACCGGCUGGCCGAUUCUGUGGCGGAAAGUUUUCCUGAGCUCGCGGAGGAUAUCGAGCGCCUCAGACAGGUCCCUGAACAAUCGCAAGCGCCCGUUGAAGGGCAAGACUUGGCGCACGAUGGCGAAGGGAACCGGCCGGCAUAAGGAAGGCAUAGCUCCUACGCCAAGCUUCCUCAGCAUGCUCUUCGUCUUGGCAUAGCAAUCUAGUCAUGCUGAAGCGUCAACCUCAGGAGAGAGGCGGAGAGGGAGCAGACAG